CUCUGGGGCGGCGGCUGCGCGGCGCGCGAUUGGCAGGGUCGCGCGCGGUGACUGACGGCGCCGCCGCCGCUGCCGCCGCCCAGGGGAGCGCGGAGCCUCCGCGCCACCGCGCCGCCGCCAUGGACCUGUUCGGGGAUCUGCCGGAGCCCGAGCGCGCGCCGCGCCCGACUGCCGGGAAGGAAGCACCGGAAGGACCCGUGCUCUUUGAGGACCUGCCCCCGGCCGGCAGUACUGACUCAGGAUCUGGGGGACCUUUACUUUUUGAUGAUCUCCCGCCUGCUGGCAGUGGCGAUCCAGGUUCUCUUGCCACAACAGUUUCCCAGGUGGUGAAGAAUGAAGGGAAAGGAGCAAAGAGGAAAACCUCUGAAGAAGAGAAGAAUGGCGGUGAAGAGCUUGUGGAAAAGAAAGUUUGUAAAGCCUCUUCGGUGAUCUUUGGUCUGAAAGGCUAUGUGGCAGAGCGGAAGGGUGAGAGGGAAGAGAUGCAGGACGCCCAUGUCAUCCUGAAUGAUAUUACUCAGGAGUGUAAUCCUCCAUCCUCCCUCAUUACUCGAGUUUCAUACUUCGCUGUUUUUGAUGGACAUGGAGGAAUUCGAGCCUCGAAAUUUGCUGCACAGAAUUUGCACCAGAACUUAAUCAGGAAAUUUCCUAAAGGAGAUGUAAUCAGUGUGGAGAAAACUGUGAAGAGAUGCCUGCUAGAUACUUUCAAGCACACAGAUGAAGAGUUCCUGAAACAGGCUUCAAGCCAGAAGCCUGCCUGGAAAGACGGGUCCACUGCCACGUGUGUCCUGGCUGUGGACAACAUCCUGUAUAUCGCCAACCUCGGAGAUAGUCGGGCAAUCCUGUGUCGAUAUAAUGAGGAAAGUCAGAAACAUGCAGCCUUAAGCCUCAGCAAAGAGCACAACCCAACUCAGUAUGAAGAGCGCAUGAGGAUACAGAAGGCCGGAGGGAAUGUCAGAGAUGGGCGUGUCUUGGGAGUGCUGGAGGUAUCCCGUUCCAUUGGAGAUGGACAGUACAAGCGCUGUGGGGUCACAUCUGUGCCUGAUAUCAGACGCUGCCAGCUGACCCCCAAUGACAGGUUCAUUUUACUGGCUUGUGAUGGGCUCUUCAAGGUUUUUACCCCAGAAGAAGCUGUGAACUUCAUCUUGUCCUGCCUUGAGGAUGAAAAGAUCCAGACCCGAGAAGGGAAGCCUGCUGUUGAUGCCCGCUAUGAAGCUGCGUGCAACAGGCUGGCUAACAAGGCAGUGCAGCGGGGCUCAGCAGACAAUGUGACAGUGAUGGUGGUGAGGAUUGGACACUGAGGCCUGUACAUGCCCUGUUUUGCACGGUUGUGUACUCUUGUGGGACUUCUAUGGUUGUAAAUAAAGGUUUCUUUUUUCCUA